AUGACUGACUUAGAUUUCAAUAAUAGCAUUUGCAAUAAUGAAUAAAAAUCAACUGAGAGAAGAACUGAUUAAUUCCGAAUAAUAAAAAAAAUUACAAAGAAGGGAAAAGGAUGUUAUUGUUAGAAUUUUAGAUAGAAAAAAAAAUAUAAAAUAGAAUCACCUUAUGAAUCUUCAAAUGAAUGUGAUGGUUGGGAAGUAGAAGACAAUUACAGUAGAAAAUUGUAAACACGUAGAAAUUAGAAAGAAUUUGUUGAUUUAGUUUAGUAUGCAUCCAAACUUUAAUAUGUGAUAAAUAUGGCUAAACAGGAACUCAAGAUAUUGGAAGAAACUAUGUAAUCAAAUCAAACAUAAAAAUGA